AUGGAGAACUUGGAACACGUGCUCGACUAUCGGCAGGUGUUUGGGCGAGUGACUGUGUUUCAAGGACGGGCGCGGAUCAACGAUGUGGUCGAAAAGCCUUUGCACACAACGAGUCUGUGCCAGGUGGAAAUGCCACCAAGAGAGCACUAUGGGGGAAGUGCACACCUCUCUCGCCGGAGCACUUUGCUAUGCAGCCACGUCUCUGUUCUAUUGUUCACGUUCCACCCACACAUUGUCUUCGCUUGGUCGUACAAACACCAUCAAGCAGGAAUGCGCCACUCGGAUCCUCAAGUAUCUGUUCCUCUCGCGAAUCAGCAUAGGGGAAACAGCUUCGGCUCUCGACUGCUUACUUGGCUUGAGGAGCUUGUCAAGUACCGUCCAUGUCCGAGCAGCUCACAUGCUGCUGAAGAAGAUUCCGACUUUCGUCUUCCCUAUGCUACCUUCUUCAUGCGCAAAGAGUCUCUCCUGUCAGAAUCUGGGCCACAGCAGUGUUUUAGCGGCUUUCAUGGGACGAACAUAGCUACCCUCCUCGCUGGAACCGAGCCACUUAUGUUCCUCAAGACAUGGGUAAGGUCACAUUCUCAGCAGCACAGGGCAUGUGCACGCCUUGCUUUCACUUGCUGGACAUUGCAAACAUUUUUUUUACCGGAGUGCGCUUGUCUUCGACUGAAGAUCUUCCAGAGAAGCCUGUUCCACUCACGUACAGUAGUGGACGAUGUCAUGAUUCAAGACGAGCAUUGCCAACAUUAUUCGACGGUUCUUACACUUGACGAUCGUGACCUUGUCUAUGCUUAUGCUUCUUCAUAA